AUAUUGCACGAACAUCAAUCUCAUUAUUUGCAUAGUGAUAAAGAUAAGGUAUUUUAAAAAGCAAAACAAUCGUAUACCCUCUCUAGUCUCUAUAUAUAAAUGGGACACACGGGGAGACAUAAACGUAACGUUUCAGACCCACUCGUCUCCUUCCUUUUAUUAUCUCUCUCUAUCUCGUCUUGCAAUGGAGACACGACCAUCUUCUUCAUCGUCGUCUCUUUCACCGGCGACGAAUCUUGAUCUCGACAGACUCAAAGCUCUUAAACUCCUCGGAAAAGGCGCAACCGGAACAGUCUUCCUAGUCCACGACUCUGUUUCCGACUCCUCUGUUUCUUCACCAUUCGCACUUAAACUCGUCGACAAAUCCUCCUCCUCCUCUUCUCUCCGCCGUGCACGUUGGGAAAUCCAGAUCCUCCGACGUCUCUCCGUUGACAAAAACACAAACCCAUUUCUCCCAAAACUCUUAGACUCCUCUGAAUCCCCUGACUUCAUCGCAUGGGCUUUGCCUUACUGCUCCGGUGGCGAUUUAAACGUCCUCCGUCAACGUCAAAACGACGGCGGUUUCAGCUCCUCCGUUAUUAAAUUCUACUUAGCUGAGAUCGUCUGUGCGCUUGACCACCUUCAUACAAUGGGCAUCGCUUACAGAGACUUGAAACCUGAGAACAUACUCCUUCAAGAAUCGGGUCACGUCACGUUAACCGACUUUGAUCUCUCUUGUAGUCUCACUAAACCCACCCGACCCGAAUUCUAUCUAUCCGACCCGGAACCGGAUCCGAGUUAUAAGAGAAGUCUGAGUUUGUUCCGGCAGAAGAAGAGGAAGAAGAAGACGAAAUCAGCUAGGGUUAACCCGAUAACACGCCGGGGACUGAGUUUUUCCGGCGGAGAAAGAUCGAAUUCGUUCGUUGGAACCGAUGAGUAUAUCUCCCCGGAGGUGAUCCGCGGCGACGGACACGACUUCGCCGUCGACUGGUGUGCGCUCGGAGUUUUAACGUACGAGAUGAUGUAUGGCGAGACACCGUUCAAAGGAAGGUGCAAGAAGGAAACUUUUCGUAACGUGUUGAUGAAGGAACCCGAACUCGCAGGAAAACCGUCGGAUUUAACCGAUCUGAUACGUCGGUUGCUGGUUAAAGAUCCGAUGAAACGGUUAGGUUACCGGCGAGGCGCGGCGGAGAUAAAGGAGCAUGCUUUUUUUAUAGGAGUGAGGUGGGAUUUGUUAACGGAGGUGUUGAGACCACCGUUUAUUCCGUUAAGAGAUGACGGAGGAGAAUUGACGGGAAAAGUAACGGCAGAAAGUGGGUUAGGUGUAAAGGAAUGUUUCGAGAAACUGAGAACGCCGCCGCCGUUACCGUUAACGCACGAGUGCUCUGAAAACAAUCCCUUUGUUGAUUUCUGAUCCACGCGUGCGAGAAUCUAACACACGUUUAAUACUUUUUUUUUUGUUUUAAUAGCAGUUUCUGAUUUUGAUGUGUAUAAAAAAAUAAUUUGUUAGAACUAGAA